GCCAGACUCCAAUCGACCUCGACCCUGACCGACCUUCUCACCGCCGCGCCUCCGCCUCCGCCUCCGCCUCAAGCCGCCGCCCGCCGCCGCCAGGAGCGGCCUCUCCAUGGCGGCAGCGCCGUACCACCAGCCGACCAGCCUGGAGGAGGUCAGGACGCUCUGGAUCGGCGACCUCCAGUACUGGGCCGACGAGAACUACCUCUACAACUGCUUCGCCCACACCGGCGAGUUACAAUCUGUAAAAAUAAUACGUAACAAGCUAACAAGCCUUCCAGAAGGUUAUGGAUUCAUAGAGUUCAUUUCUCAUGAAGUUGCCGAGAAAGUUCUACAGACUUACAAUGGCACACAAAUGCCUGGAACUGAGCAUACAUUCAGAUUGAACUGGGCCUCUUUCAGCUCUGGUGAGAGGCGUCCUGAUGCAGGACCUGAUCAUUCGAUUUUUGUGGGAGACUUGGCGCCUGAUGUCACAGAUUACUUGCUACAGGAGACAUUCCGUGUGAGCUAUCCUUCUGUCAAAGGGGCUAAGGUUGUCACGGAUCCAAAUACUGGGAGGUCCAAAGGGUAUGGAUUUGUAAAGUUUGCAGAUGAAAAUGAAAAGAAUCGUGCAAUGACAGAAAUGAAUGGUAUGUAUUGCUCAACAAGACCUAUGCGGAUAAGUGCUGCAAUACCUAAAAAAACCACUGGAUCUCAGCUUCAGUAUGGAGCUGCUAAAGCCAUGUAUCCAGCAGCAGGUUAUGCAGUUCCGCAAGUCCAACCAGUUCUACCAGAUAGUGAUCCGACAAACACCACUAUAUUUAUAGGUAACUUGGAUCAGAAUGUGACAGAAGAUGAACUCAGGCAGAUCUGUGUCCAAUUUGGGGAGCUUAUAUAUGUAAAAAUUCCAGCCAAUAAAGCUUGUGGAUUUGUACAAUAUGCAUCUCGGGCAUCAGCUGAAGAGGCAGUACAACGUCUUCAUGGCACAACGAUCGGCCAACAAGUAGUCAGGCUUUCAUGGGGCAGGAGUCCUGCGAGCAAGCAGGAUCAAUCAGCUGUCUGGAGUCAACAAGCUGAUCCUAAUCAAUGGGCAAGUGCUUAUUAUGGCUAUGGAUAUGAUGCAUAUGGAUAUGCCCAGGACCCAUCAUAUGCAUACAAUUCUUAUGCAGGAUAUACCCAGUACCCCCAGCAGGUUGAGGGAGCGACCGAUAUGGCAUCAGCAGCUGGAAGCCAUGCCCCAGGAAUGGAAAAGGAGGAGGUGUAUGAUCCAAUGAACUUACCUGAUGUUGACAAGUUGAAUGCGUCGUACAUCGCUGUUCAUGGUAGAGCCAUGCUUGGGCGAUCCCUGUGGUUGAGAACUUCAUCAUUGCCUCAGUCAGCUUGAGCGCCUAUUUAUCACUCCUCGUUGCCUUUUUUACUGAAGACUGCAAUGCCAGUAGAGCCAGUUGGUAGUUUGCAAAAACGGAGAAACUGUGACAGGCUGACUGACAGCUUAAUGUAUGUUGAUUUGUCAUCACAUGUAUGAUUAGGGAACCCCUUUUGCUGAGCCUCUUCUAAGUGAACAGAUUACUGCCAAUGAUGCGGCUACUUUAUGAUGCCAAGUUACUGGAUGAAAAUCAUCAGAAAAAAAAAUUCUGUCUCGAUCUCAUGUUCA